AUGGCAGAGAAACUGAUGCUCACUGCCCUUGAGCGAUCAAAGAAAAAGUGGCUGAGCGAUGGCAUUCUGGUUCGAUAUUAUACAAAGCCGAAGAAGACGAAGCGCGAACAGAUUGAGAAGAACAAUCCACCCAAAGAUUCAAUGACUCGGGUCGGCCCUUGCGACGUAACCGUUGGACCUCACCUUUUCGAUGCGAUGAUAUACACUGUCAAGGAUCCCAAUGCCCCGCCGGCCAUUCAAUAUGCUCCCCCACCCAAGCAGAUGGCACAAUACAGCCAUCCCCCCAAUUUCCAACAAUAUCAGCCCUAUUCAGGGAACCAGAAAAGGGCUGCUUAUCCUCCUACACCCGCUGCACGACCUCCGCAUGCAUAUCCAGGAACACAUGCUGCGCCUCCCCAACCGCGUGCACCAGUUCAGACACCACCGCAGCCAAACCCACGGCCGCCUCAAAAUACCCAGCCAGGACAACCGGCAAAGCCGAGCCCAGAUCCCGUCAUCCAGAUGCUUGCCACAAGAGCCGCGGCGGAUCCAGAAUUGAAAGCUCUCAUGAGAGUGGUCGCUUCGAGCCAGGCCUCCCAGGAACAGCUUCGAGCCUUCCAGGCCCAUAUUGACGAGUUGAACGCGAUUAUUAAGGCCAGGGAGCAACAGGCCCAGCGAAAUGCAGCUGCAGCUGCGACAGCACAGCGGGCCCCCACGGUUCAACAUCCUGCGGCAUCUGCACAAUUUCCAAGGCCAGCGUCUCCUCAGGUUGUGAUUUCGCAGAGGCCAGGUCCGCCUCCAAAUGUCCAAGCGCCAGGCCCUGUCAACUCGAAUCAGCAAAUUCCUUCCACGUCAGCUGCGGCUCAGGGUGUUCAGAAUCAGCCUGCGCCUGUCUCGGGUCAAUUGCUGCCAGCUCCCUCGCAAAAACCAGCUGCACCCGCGCCGGCGCCUCCUUCAGCAGCUACGCCAAUACCAUUAUCAGCUCAAAAACCUGGCCCUGUACCUACGUCUGCCGCUCCUUCCACCCCUGCUACGGCUCCCGUUUCCGCUCCGGUCUCUAGUUCAGUCUCUGUCCAGGUCCCUGCGGGUGUCCCUGCUCCUGCUUCUAUUUCUACAACUGCAUCUACGUCCGUGACAACGCCCGCACCGGCUCCUGUACAGAAUUCUGCUCCCCCAGCUUCAACUCCCGCGACAGACAUCGCCCAGGGCCCGGUCAUUCCCGCGCCACCUCGAGCCCCGGCGCUAACCCAGGCUUCCCACCUGAGUGCAGCUCCACCAAAUCCUUCGUCGGCCAAGAUUGAGGUCGCUGUCCCAGCAGUGAAGCAAGAGCCCGUAACGACCACUGGUCCCGCUGUGAGGGCUACGCCUGGACUUCAACCUGCUUUGUCAACCCCGUCUGCCAACAUCCCAUCUAUCGGCAACUCCAAGCCACCUCCAGUACCAACACCAAUCCCUCAGGUGCAGGUUCCGGUUUUCCAUGCCCCUCCAAAUUCCAGCAUGGUUCAGCAACAAGUGCCACGCCCAGUUCCACCCCAGCCACUACAUCCACAACAACAACAGCAGCAACAACAACAGCAAUCGCAGUAUGGCGCCAAUACGCCUGUGCAGUCACGACCACUGCCUUACAGCUCGCCUUCACCUUAUUACAGACCUCAAGCACCGCCAGCUCGACCCACCCCUGCGCCUAUAAACUACAAGUCCGUGGUCUUCGAAUUUACUUCCCCUUUGACACCUUAUGGGAGCAGCACAUCCGGCCACGCUGGAUCGGGCGACCGCUAUCUUUUCCCUGAACAUUCGAUUUUGGAAUGGCUUCCUAACGAGAAUACAAUCCUCGCAUCUUUUCUGAUCGUGAAAAGGGUGGACCCCAAUGUGCCUUUUCCCAUCGAUACUGCUCCCGAUGCAGGAACUGGGCGAAAAAGUAAAGGUGCCUCCAAAUCGAAGAAGGCAUCGAAGACGGAUAAGGCUACAGCAACGCCAACGCCAGCGCCCGCCGAUGUUUCUCCAAAACAAGAGCCCGGCGACGAGAAGUCCGAUGUCAAACCCGGUCAAGCCGAGACACCGGCCGUUUCAGCCGAAAAGUCUAGCGCUGAAUCAAACCUGAAGGAGUACUGGCAACCGGUCACUUUCCGCAUCCAUGCCGCCAGUCCCCGAAUCCUGGAGCCUUUGACUCGUGUCGUCAAGCCAGCGGACGAGGUCCGCAAGUACAUGAAGGAAAUAAUGGACCGGGCCGAACGUGCACCAGAUGGGUUCCCGGCCUUCAGACUGCCGUACGAGGAUGCGCGUGAGGCAUUCGAAGCUGAGAAUACUCCCAUGUCCGUGUCUACGCCUGUCACCGGUACAUCAUCACGGACUCGUCCCUCCAAGGCCUCGAUCAAGAAGAUCGAGGAAGAAUCCGAGGCUGAGAAUCAGCAGGAAGAGGAGAAGGAGGAAGAGUUGCUGGACUUCUACGGUGCCCCUACGGGUUUGCCGCCCUUGCGCGUCUAG